UUUCCAGUCGUUUCUCGAGCGCAUGUGAAGCGUGUUUUUUUCUCGAGCAGAAUUAAACUGUUUCUAAAUUGUUUAACAAAUUAUAAGAAAGAGUGACGCGAGAAACUGUUUGCAAUUUACAGAGGAACGAAGUUCCUUACAAACUUGCGUAUAAACUUCGCAAUCAACCCCAUUUGAGAAACGUGACCAACUUACCGAAAAUGACGACAAUUACGGCAAGCGGUGAUGGACGAGGUGCUCACGGAAAAGCCUAUAAAGAUAAAAGUAAACCAACCGAUAUUCGAACCAGUAACAUUAAUGCUGCAAAAGCCUUACCAUAUAUAAUCCAAGCUGCCAAUGGUGAAGUUACUAUUACAAAUGAUGGUGCUACAAUUCUAAAAGAAAUGAGUGUUGUACAUCCUGCAGCAAAAAUGUUAGUUGAAUUGUCAAAAGCACAAGACAUUGAAGCUGGAGAUGGUACCACUAGUGUUGUUGUUAUAGCUGGUUCUCUUUUGGAAGCUGCAGAACGUUUGUUACAAAAGGGCAUACAUCCUACAUUGAUCAGUGAUGCAUUUCAGAAAGCUGCAACUAAGGCUGUAAAGAUACUGACAAAUAUGUCUAUUUCUGUUGAUUUAAGAGACAAAGAAUCAUUGAUUAGAGCUGCAGCAACCUCUCUUAAUUCAAAAGUUGUUUUUCAACAAUCAAGUCUUCUAGCACCAUUGGCUGUAGAUGCAGUAUUAAAAGUUACUGAUGAAGGGAAAGACACUGCUGUUGAUCUUAAUAACAUAAAAGUAAUAAAGAAGUUAGGUGGAACUGUUGAAGACACUGAACUUGUAGAAGGAUUGAUAUUUACACAAAAAUCUUGUAAUGUUAAUGGACCAAGGCGUAUUGAAAAAGCAAAAAUAGGUUUAAUUCAAUUCUGCAUUUCUCCACCUAAAACGGAUAUGGAUCAUAAUGUAAUUGUAUCCGACUAUGCUGCAAUGGAUCGCGUUCUGAAAGAAGAAAGGGCUUAUAUAUUAAAUAUUGUGAAACAAAUUAAAAAAGCUGGUUGCAAUGUACUUCUAGUACAAAAAUCCAUUCUCCGUGAUGCUGUCAGCGACCUAGCCAUACACUUUUUGGAUAAAAUUAAAGUUAUGGUGAUUAAAGAUAUUGAACGCGAGGAUAUUCCGUUUGUGUGCAAAACCUUGGGCUGUAGACCAAUUGCAUCUCUGGAUCAUUUCGUCGCUGAAAAUCUCGUUAACGCAGAAUUGUGCGAAGAAGUACAGACUGGAAAUUCUAAAUUUGUUAAGAUUACUAAAAUACAAAAUCCUGGACCGACAGUGACAGUCCUUGUACGAGGCAGUAACAAAUUGGUCUUGGAAGAAGCGGAUCGUUCGUUGCAUGACGCUUUAUGCGUAGUUCGUUGUUUAGUUAAACAGAAAGCUCUAAUUGCUGGAGGUGGAGCACCUGAAAUAGAACUGGCGUUAAAAUUGGCAGCGUAUGCUCAGAAAUUAACCGGUGUUGAUGCUUAUUGUAUUAAAGCUUUUGCAAACGCAUUCGAGAUAAUCCCAUCGACAUUAGCAGAGAAUGCAGGAUUGAAUCCUAUUGUAACUGUAACAGAACUUCGAAAUCGGCAUGCUAACGGUGAAAAUACUACUGGAAUUAAUGUACGAAAGGGGGCAAUUACUAACAUUUUAGAAGAAAACGUGAUUCAACCACUUUUAGUUUCUACAAGUGCUAUCACACUUGCCUCGGAAACUGUUCGCAGUAUAUUAAAGAUUGAUGAUAUCGUGAACACAAACCAGUAAUUUGUAAUGAAUGUGAAUUUUAUAUUUAAAUCGCACU